GGGAACAAGCAGUCAAGCAUGAGGAAUCACAGGUAGAUUUCAAAAAGGAAGAGGUUUUAUUUACCCAAAAAGAAUCGAAUUAAUCAUAUUACAAAAAGAAGAAGUCCUGUGCCCAUAAAAGAGGUCAACUUAACUGAAAUGAACUAAGGCUAAUAACACACCAAACACAACAUACAACCGUCCUGCUAAAGAAGCAGGACAAAGGGGACAUAUAUAGUGUCUGGUCAGACCAGGUCAGAACAUUACUAAUUAAACUACAAACAAAAAACAACACAAAAUCCUUACUCAAAAAAGGAUGUUAACGUCAUCAUAUUAUGUAAAUCAUAUUGUGUAAAUCAGGAAAGAAACAAACAUUUUCAACAAAGGGAACUCCCCCAUGAAUUGGCGAGGAGUGGUAGGGUCCAAUUUGGCCACCUCCCCUAUAAAAGCACUCUUGCUCCAUGUGUCACCCUUUCGCCUGCAGACUGCAAGGAACCAUUUCCAGGAGUGUGGAACCUCGGACCCUGGUGCCCACGGAGUGCGAGAGGAGCCCCAGUUUGUCACGUCGCGUGCAGGAGAGAACGUCAUCCUGGGAUGCGACGUGUCCCACCCCCUGAACGGCCAGCCCUAUGUGGUGGAGUGGUUCAAGUAUGGAAUGCCCAUCCCCUUCUUCAUCAACUUCCGCUUCUACCCUCCUCACGUGGACCCAGAGUAUGCUGGCCGCGCCAGUCUGCACGGCAAGUCCUCCCUGCGGAUAGAGAAUGUGCGUUCAGACGACCAGGGCUGGUAUGAGUGUAAGGUGCUGAUGCUGGAACAGCAGUACGACACCUUCCACAAUGGCAGCUGGGUGCAUCUGACCGUCAAUGCCCCCCCCACAUUCACAGAUACGCCAUCUCAGUACGUAGAAGCCAAGGAGGCGGGGAGCAUCACUUUGACCUGCACGGCCUUCGGCAACCCCAAACCCUCAGUCAGCUGGCUGCGGGAAGGCAGUCUCAUGGUCAGCAGUGCCAAGUACAAGGUGUCUGAUGGGAGUUUGACGGUGCUAUCCAUCACGCGGGAGGACCGAGGGGCCUACACAUGUCGAGCCUUCAGUCCCCAGGGAGAGGCCAUUCACACCACACGGCUACUAGUACAAGGCCCUCCGUUCAUUGUAUCACCGCCGGAGAACAUCACAGUGAACAUCUCGCAGGAUGCCUUCUUCACCUGCCAGGCGGAGGCCUACCCUCGCAACCUGACCUACACCUGGUUUUGGGAGGAGGACAACGUCUUCUUCAAGAAUGACCUAAAGCGCAGAGUCAGUAUUCUCAUUGACGGUUCCCUCAUCAUUGCCCAAGUCAAGCCAGAGGAUGCUGGGAAAUACACCUGUGCUCCUAGCAACAGCCUGGGCCGACCACCUACUGCCUCUGCCUACCUUACAGUGCAAUAUCCUGCCCGUGUGGUAAACAUGCCAUCUGUUAUCUACGUGGCCAUUGGUUUGCCUGGCUUCAUUCGCUGUCCUGUAGAUGCCAACCCCCCUGUGUCUCUGGUUAAGUGGAAGAAAGAUGGCCUCCCUCUCCGGAUAGAUAAGUACCCUGGUUGGAGCCAAAUGGACGAUGGAAGCAUCCGUGUGGCAGAGGUGACCGAGGACUCUCUCGGCACCUAUACCUGCAUGCCUUACAAUGCCCUGGGUUCCAUGGGAUGGUCCCCUCCCGCUCCCUUGGUGCUAAAGGACCCUCCCAAAUUCUCAGUGGUUCCUGGAGGGGAGUACAGGCAGGAGGCUGGGAGAGAACUGGUCAUCCCUUGUGAGGCGGAGGGAGACCCUUUUCCCAACAUCACAUGGCGGAAGGUAGGGAAGCCCAGCAAAAGCAAGCACAACGUUCUGCCCCGUGGCAGCCUACAGUUCAAGUCCCUCACCAAGGAGGACCACGGGGAGUGGGAGUGUGUCGCCACCAACGUUGCCACGAGCAUCACUGCCAGCACGCACGUCCAAGUCAUAGGCACAAGCCCACACGCCCCCACCGCUGUCCACGUAGUGGCAUCCUCCACGUGGGCCAAUGUGUCCUGGGUGGCGAGCUAUGAUGGAGGCUUCCAACAGACAUUCUCAGUCUGGCUGAAGAGGGAGCGCCUAGGUCCACACGACUGGCUCUCCACACCAGUGCCUGGGGGCCACGACUGGAUGCUGGUGCCCGGUUUGGAGCCAGAGACGACAUACCAGUUCAGCGUCCUGGCCCAGAACAAGCUCGGCACAGGACCCUUCAGCGAGGUUGUCACUGUGAACACACUAGUAUUUCCUAUAAGUACCCCUGAACCAUUGGUGCUGCUUACCCCACCACGGUGCCUCACAGCCAAUCGCACGCAGCAGGGAGUCCUGCUCACCUGGAUCCCGCCUGCCAAUCACACAGCACCUAUCCAGCAUUAUGUCAUGGAGUUCCGCCUCGGCGAGAGGUGGGAGGUCUUGGAUGACAGCAUUACUGCUGGGGAGACGGAGCUGCUUGCCCGAGACCUCAUCCAGGAGGCGUGGUAUGAGUUCCGUGUCAUGGCCGUCAUGGAGGACACGAUCAGCGAGCCCAGCAACGUAGUAGGAGUGUCCAGCACAGACUUCUUCCCUCCUCCAGAGAUGGUGGAGGAGCGUGGCCUGGCGCGGCCUGUGGUGGCGGGCAUUGUGGCCACCAUCUGUUUCCUCGCAGCAGCCGUCCUGUUCAGUACGAUGGCCGCCUGCUUCGUCAACAAACAGCGCCGGCGGAAGCUCAAGAGGAAAAGAGACCCUCCUCUGUCCAUUACCCAUUGCAGAAAAAGUGUGGAGACUCCGUCAUCUUCAGGAAAGGUGACCCCAGAGAGCAUCCGCUCGAAGGCAUCCCUGUCAGAAUCAUCUGAGGAUAGUCAUGACCAGCGUGGGAAGAAACCACCACCAAGUCCAGGGAAGAAGGAGGAAUUGUCAUUAUACAAGAAGACCAAAAGAGCAAUAACAAGCAAGAAGUACGGCAUGAAGCAUGAAGCGGAAGCAACGACGCCCAUUGAACUAAUCAGUCGAGGCCCAGAUGGACGCUUUGUCAUUGAUCCCACUGCUGCAGAAAUGUCUGUGAAGCCCCGGCGAAUUGAGGGCUUCCCCUUUGUGGAGGAAUCAGACCUCUAUCCUGAAUUCCGACAGUCAGAUGAAGAGAAUGACGAUCCCAGGCCUCUGCCACCAGUUAUGGCCCCCCUUCGGCCACACCAGAUUUCCCCUAUCUCCAGUCAGGAAUCCUAUCUGCAACCUCCAGCCUACAGCCCUCGUUUCCACAGGCCCUUUGAAGGUAUGACCAUCAUGGAGAGCAGUCGGCUCCAAGCCACAGGGCAAAUCCGAGGCUCUCUCCACCACAGGGCUUUCUAUGGUUAUCUAGGCCCCCCUGGGGAUCAUGAUCCCCCACCUCCUUUUUACAUGCCUGAUACCAGCCCUCUCAGCUCUGUCAUGUCCUCCCCUCCAUAUCUUGCUGAAGGUCCCUUUGGUCACCCCAUGAUUCCUGAAGAAAUAGUGGAGGGUGAUUUCCCCCAAUAUGCCGUCUCUGGUUUCCCACUUCCUCUGACACUUACCUCUUCCUCCCGUUCACCGGAAAUUUGGCAGGGGCUGGAUUUCACCUUUGCAAGUUUGGAGGGACCCCAAUUCAUUUUUCCACCUCAUCACCCUUUACAGCUCCGCCAUGAUUCCCCCUACCCUCCUCCACCUCAUGUUCUUCCCCUUAGUGCUUUCCAGCCCUCCUCCCUCCCAAUGCCCACUUACCCAGCCGUCCUGCCACUGGAGGCCACAAAGAGCCACUCAAGAAAGUCUCCCAGCAAGGCUAGGCCUCAUGGCUCCCCAGCCAGGCAUUUAGCUAUGCAAGAGGCACAUUUAGGGCAGCUAAGACACACAAGCCACGGAAUGGGUGUGCCAGUUUUGCCUUACACCGAUCCAAUGGCCCAUAUUGUCCCUAGCACAUUCAGUAGCCUGGACACGCGAUGGUUUGAAACAACACCUCGUUUCAGUCCCAGACAGGCUCGCAGGAUGGAUUCUGGCAUGCAUCAGGUGGUUCUCCAGCCCUCUCGACUCUCACCCCUCACACAAAGCCCCUUUAGUUCCCAUGAGGGUUCCCCAGAGAUUGUCGUACGUCCCAGGCCACGUCCCAGCAUUGUCCAACCUUCCAUACCCCGAGAGAUGUCUGAGAUUACCCUCCUCCCUCCUUCCACAGCCAGCUUCUCAAGGAGAUCUUCCCCUUCCUCCUCACCUGCCCAAGGCCAGGGUAGCAGGAGAGCAAGCCCCAGCUACCGUUCCCACAUGGCCUUUGCCACCUCUGCAACCAGCUACCCAGCUUCCCAGUCCCCAUCACCCCCCAUGGAAAGCAGCAACAUGUUUGGGCAGAUGCCAUCUCAGAGGAGGACUGAGGAGGAGAUCCUUCCAUCUGAGCCCUCUCCACCCCAGUUGUCAGCUUCAGGAAGACGUCGAGGUGCGCUGAGUGCCCUUUCGGGGUCUGAGAGGAUUGAUGCACUGAGAUACCAACGUAUUAAAAAGACCAAGAAGAUGACAAUGAACAACAAUAACUCCAAGACCAGAAAGAAAGCAGGUGUCUCCACCUCUCAGACCCAGCCGGCCUACACCUCUCAGGUACUCCAGCCCGAAGAAGCUCUCUACCUCCGCAAGAAGAGGAAACGGCCCAUCCUCCAUGACCCAUAUACUCGCUUUUCUGCUCUGCUGUACCGCCGCCCACCUCGGGAGGACCAGAAGGCAAUUUUGGCGAGCAUGGACAACAUAGACCUAGACCAUGCCACUCUCCUCUAAAAGUCCUUGAGGACAAGGUCACAACCAUGCAAUUUGCCCCCAUUCCAAAAUAGCACAGGCUAAUGAUACGUUGCUCAACUCCUGUUAAAAGAAGGCAAACAACACUGUCAGAAGAUGUUUGCAGUUUAUUGUCUAUAAAGGGGAAUAUCCCUAAAUUUUGAUUAGCAUUCAGUAUAUUCUGACUAAGCCCUUGGUCAUUUCAGUCUGCAUUAGUGAGCCUUCUAUCAUGUUCACUGACUAAUCUGUGAUGGCGCCGAAUGUUCUUGGGAGAAUUGUUUUUUCUCCAGUAAAAAGUGCUGAUUAAGUUAUGACCAAAAAUAUUUUUUUCAAUUAACUGUCAGUGAGAAAGCGGAUUAAAGUCCUGCUUCUGAGGCUUCCCCCUGAAGAGGUUGGGAUCAUUUUUAUAGACUGCGAUACCUAAAGGCACAAGAAUUUUCUGUGUGCGCUUAAAUUAGGUGGUAUUCCCCCUUAAGAUGUUUCUAGACUACUAGCAAUUCUCAUCAGAAUGAUAGCUGUCACAGCUUCCAACGUUUUACUCCAGUGCAAAGCUUUAAUUCAAAAAGAGGCAACACUCGAUUACCAACUCCGUUCCUAUUUUUAUUUAAAACUCCAGUGUUACCAUUUUUAAUUUGUCAUACUUCUCCAGGCCUGCAUGGGUCAUGUUUCUUUUGCUGACCCAUCCCCUCAAAGUAUCUGUUUACAGCACCUCCCACCGGAUCCUCUCCGCCAGCAACGUCUCUUAUCUGCCGAGAAACCCGCCUCACAAAAUAUGGGUGUUCUCACUUCCUACCAAUAUACCUCAGAGCACAGGACACGAGACCACACAACCACCAGGAUCAGCCAGCAGAACAAACUCGCUCGUUUCAUCUCUAUAGUCCUUAAGGUUCUCUAUUGGCUUUUCAUAUUAGAACAUUUUUCUACCUUCUCACUCUUCUAGUUUGUUUGACAUACAAUGAGUUCAUUUAGUUUAUUUAUCUUGCAGAUUCAUAACCACCUCAUCUUUUCUGCAGGACAUGAAACAGAAACACACUGGACUUAACUUGGAAUUGAGUAGAUGUCAUUCCACGGUGAAUCACGCAGGCUUCACCAGGGGCUUACAUUUGCACAUCUCACACAGGAACAGACGUAAUUUAAUAAUAUAAUUUAAAUAUAUAUAUAUAUAAAAAAUUGUGUUAUCACAGAAUCCUCAAAAACCAUCUGAUCAAUUCAAAGUUAUUCGUUUGCUCCAUGUAACCAUACGUCAGCUCUGUGUUUAGCUUCUGAUAUAUCAGACCGUUUUGCACUGGAGCAAAAUCGUUAUUUUCCAUUUCAAUUGACGUGUCUGUUCCUUUACAUCUCCUCCUGCAGUUUUUCUACUGUAGGUCAUUUAGAGGGCUCCAAAUCCUAUUCAGAAAGGACCAUAUUCAUGCUAAAAACAAUCCAGUUAAAGAAAAGACCUAAUCAUACUAAUGGGAGGAUAGGAUUUUGUGCCAUAGUACUGUAUAGGAUAGUAUUUUUAGAUGGUGGCCUUAAUGGAGCUUCUGAUUGGUUGCCUGCUUCACUUGUGUCUAAGUUUUAUUUCUAGUCAAAUUUUUUAUUUUUUAUUUAUUGUUUAAGUCUUUUGCAUUUGUUUCAUUUUUGUGUUGUUUCAAGCGGAAAUACUGAGAGUGCAGGAUGUGGAACUGACGGCAAACAAAAAAUUAUUUGUGGCGUA